AUGAAGAGGGUGGGGUCGGUGGACAGCGACAGCGGGACCUUAACCCCUAAGGAAGCUCGCAUGGGGACUACGCGGGAUGAGCAGGCCGGCGCCCACGCCGCCCACGCCGCAAACGCCGCAAACGCCGCAAACGCCGCAAACGCCGCAAACGCCGCAAACGCCGCAAACGCCGCCCACACCGCCGCCCCUGGCCAAGCGGGCUGCCCGCCCUCCACCUCCAGCGGCGCCCGCAGCUCCUCCGGCGCUAAUGUCCCCUGCGCCCCCGGCAUUCCCUGCGACUUGCGCCUGUACGACCUCCCGGAGGACGUCCUGCGCCCCAUCUUCCUUUUGCUCCUGGAGCAGGACCUGUGUCGCGUGGCGCAAGUGUGCUGGCGGUUGCGGGAGCUCGCGGACGACCCGGAUCUGUGGCGGCGGCUGUACAAGCAGGUCUUCCAAUACGACCGCCCGCUGCUCCACCCGCAGCCCUGCGCCUUCGAAUUCCACGACCCGGAGGGCGGCGACGCCAACCCCUGGAAGGAGAGCUUCCGGCAGCUGUACCACGGGGUCCACGUGCGGCCCUCCUUCGAAGGAAGGGAACUUCGUGGCCGGAGAGUGACGUAUUUCGACACCAUCUCGAGCGCACUGGCCUUCGCAAAAGAGCGCGUUGCUGACACCGAAGCGUCUGGUCGCGAUGCUCUGAUCUUCGUACAUGCUGGUUCCUACCAGGAGGAGAUCUUAAUCGAUUUCAAUGUGGCCCUUAUUGGCGCUGCUGCGAAAGAAGUGAAUACGUCUGUAGUGUUAGAGGGCAAAUGUGCAAGUACUCUAACAAUUAAGAAGGGCGCAUAUGAGACGUAUGUUGGGCACUUGACACUAACCUUAACGCCCGCACCGGGUUCCGAGUUUGAACAUCACGAGUAUUCCUGCCUAGAUGUGUUUAAAUGUUGUAGCCCCACCGUGGACAGUUGCAUCAUCCAGAAUUCCAAUUGGCAUGGGUCAGGUGUUCAUGUUAGCGGACGAAGUGCGAAUCCUACAAUAAAAAAUUGCUGCAUCGUGAACUCUAAAUGCUUGGGCCUGUGCGUUCAAAAGUGGGCCGAAGGAACGUACAUAAAUAACGAAAUUUGCUGCACUCGGUUGACAUGCAUUUGGGUAAAUGACAGGGCAAACCCAACGUUUCGCCGAAAUGCCGUCCAUAAUGGAGAAGAGAUAGGUAUUAAAGUGUCUGGCAGAGCAAAGGGGGUGUUCGAGGAAGUGGAAGUAUACAAAAUUUCUGUGACUGCUUUUGAAGUAAUGAGCGGAGCUUCCCCUAUUGUGGUAAAUAGCAUGCUGUCUGGGGGGGCGAGCUGCGUCUACAUCCAUCAAGAAGCUUAUGGUUUAUUUACAGAUAACAUACUAUAUUCGAAGGCUUCUCCUGUCAUUUACAUUUCAACAGGUAGUGACCCAACGAUCACACGCAAUAAAAUAAAAAACAGUCAAACUGGUGUGUAUAUUGUUGAAGGUGGAAGGGGUGUAAUUGAAGAUAAUGAAAUUAUUGGCUCCUCUUUGGCAGGGAUUCAAAUAUAUCACAGCAACCCGAUUAUUAGGAAGAAUAAGAUUCUUCGUGGGAAAGGAUUGGGGAUCUAUAUCGGGAACAAAAGUCUAGGUGUGGUUGAGGAAAAUGAAAUUGCCUCUAAUGCAAGAGCCGGUAUAACGAUUACAAAUGGUAGCAGGGCGUGCUUGAGACGUAAUCGGAUAUAUUCGGGAAGUGUUGGAGUCUCUUUCAGCCACCGAGGACACGGCGAUUUAGAAGAUAAUUCAAUUUUCAACAAUUCAGACUAUAAUUUGAUGGUAUCAUCUGGCAGUAACCCAUUUGUUCGUAGAAACAAAAUAUGGGGUGGUGGAAAAGGAGGAGUUUUAAUAAUCAAUCGCGGUGAGGGAUAUUUAGAAGCCAAUGAGAUAUUUGACAAUGCCGAGGCUGGUGUGGAUAUUUCGGACUAUUCGUCUACUACUUUGCAUGGCAAUAGAAUAUGUGAUAACAGAAGCUAUGGCGUUCGCAUUUUCCCCAGUGCCAAGGGUAUCUUGACUGACAAUGUCAUUUGGAGAAUUUCAGACUGUUGCGUGCUCAUAUGUUCAGAAGGUCACGGUAUUUUGAGACGAAAUCAUUUGUUUUGUGAUAUUGGUGAGGAUAUAGGGGUAGAGCCCAAUGCAACGGCAGUUUUGGAUAAAAAUGAGAUUUUUGAUAGCCCGGGUCCCACUUCUGGUUCUCAGCCCACGCCAGAAGAAAAUUAA